AAUUCUGCAAGUGGUUCUGAUUUACUAUCGCUGUUCUCUAGCUGGUCUAAAACCGCUUUUGACCUAAAGGGACGCUUUUUGGACACCAUGGACGUUUCUCAGUUUCCAGGCAGAAAGAACAGUAAAAAUGCAGGCAGGGCACAGGACAAAGCACUAGGGACAAAAUGUAUGUGAAAUGGUUUGAUACAUGAAUGUCACUUUUUGUCAUUUUCAAAUUUCCCACAGUUCCGUCCCCCGUACGUCCCAGCGCUCGCAGGGGACGGAACCCAGAUGACAGAUGCCGGCAUCCGCCGGAUUACAUUGCCGGGGACACUGCAGGAGGGACAU